AUGACUUUGGUUCCGGUUAUACCAUUCUUAGUGCUCUUAACGGUUCAAGUAAUCAGAGCAGAUGAGAUUUUCAUCGGAUGCUACUCUUAUCCCGAUGUUCUCAAUGGGACGUCCAUGGAACUGAUGCCUUCCAGCGAUCUCCACUGUAUCGCUUCGGAUUGGCUCUAUGCGUAUUCACAUUUCGAACCUUCAACCGAGCGCGGCACCGAUAAAUAUUGUCUUUGUUCGAACGAUGCACCCUCUGUGAUGAAUAUGGUCGGUGAUGCGGUUUUAUGUACAGCUGAGGAGAAUUCGGUCGUAUCUGUGUCUGCCGAUGUUCCUCGAUGGCGAUGGACAGGAAGCGAAAACGGUGUAUGCUGGGGCAUCAGCAGUGGCAGUCCCACAUUAUUCCAUUCAGUCACGACCGCUUUGAAAUGUACCUCAAUCUGUACCAGAUACGCUGUGGUAGUUUACGAUGACAAUUCAAACCUUUCUGGAUGCUGGUGCGAAGGUUAUAGAUGGUGGGAAGAGACUUUCCCUACCACGUGCGGAUUUAAUGUCGCUUUCCCUUACGAAUUCAAGUUCUGGGAGACUCAACCUUCGAAUGUUGUUCGACGAAGAGAUAGGGAGAGAAGGGAGUCGAACGCUAGAAAGGCGGAUCGGUGGUUGUGUCCGGAUGGAAAGAAGGCUUGUACAAUUAUGGACGGCGAGGGACUGAGCUAUGAAUGCAUCGAUACAGAUAUCGAGUUGGAAUCAUGUGGUGGCUGCUUACACGGGGAGUUCGGUAUUCAUAGAAGCGAAAAUAAUGAACGUACCUUGGGAGUUGACUGCACUACCUUGCCGGGAACAUCUCCUUCCGGGGUGACAUGUAUGGCGGGUAGAUGUCCAGCAUCGAUCUGCGAGUCCCAUCAUCGACUAGUAGAUGGACAAUGCAUGGCAGUGGUAAACGAAUAG